ACAAGAAUUAGCUCAAUGGCAUAAUGACAUGUUCCUCAACCUAUCCAAUGAGUGACUCCUGAAUCUAUUCGCAGCUGCUCUGUCGCUUGCUUCCAUGAUCCACUCCAGUCCGGAUUUGGCCAGGAAAGGAACAGCUGCUGUAACGUUUUAGCAAUUUCAGGACAGAAGGAGCAGUGGUGAGACAUGCGGGGUCUAGAGGAGUCGCUCCAGCAGCACUGGAGAUCGGACAAACAGCAGCAGCAGGAGUAGAGGAUCAUGGCCGAGGACUAUUGGGAGCGCGCGGCCGCUUUGGGAUAUUAUUACUGCUGUUAAGAUUACACGAGCAACACACGUUCACUCAUUUACACAAGCACACACGGAUCUCAACUCCACGGAGCGGUUGAACAGUGGCAGCCCCUCCACCCCCCUCACCUCAGCCCCCCAUACCCCCACUGAUGGACCGCAUGAGGAAGAUCAAACGGCAGCUGUCCCUGACGCUGCGAGGGGGUAACAGCGGGGACAAGACCUUGAGCGAGACCAUCAGCUCUCAGGACACAGGAGCACACAGUGAUUCCGAGGCCAUGCCAGUUGGAGGCAGUGGUGGUCUGCGGGGUUCAGUGAGAGGUUCGGGGGGUUCCUUCAGCAUGCACUCCCUCCUGCAGUCCUACAGCAGUGCCCUGCGCAGACCACGCACCCUGGGCCGCAGUCUCAGCUCCUAUCUCAACCACACCACGCGCCUCGAAAUCGUCCAUGAGGAUGUAAAAAUGGGUUCCGAUGGAGAAAGCGAUCAGGCUUCGGCCACUUCCUCUGAGGAGGUGCACAGCCCCGUCCGAGUUCGUCUGAGAAACAACCCCGGUCGCAAAAUCUCAACAGAGGACAUAAACAAACGUCUGUCUCUGCCUGCCGAUAUCAGGCUUCCUGAUGGCUACCUGGAGAAAUUCAGCCUCAACAGCCCCCUGUUUGACAAACCGCUCAGCCGGAGAUUACGCAGAGUAUCGCUGUCCGAGAUUGGAUUUGGGAAGUUGGAGACGUAUGUCAAACUGGAUAAACUAGGAGAGGGCACCUACGCUACAGUAUAUAAAGGCCGCAGUAAGUUGACGGAUAACCUGGUGGCUCUGAAGGAGAUCCGUUUGGAGCACGAGGAAGGAGCUCCAUGCACUGCCAUUAGAGAAGUGUCUCUGCUGAAGGACCUGAAACACGCCAAUAUUGUGACUCUUCACGACAUCAUCCACACUCAGAAGUCUCUAACGCUCGUGUUCGAGUACUUGGAUAAAGACCUGAAACAGUACCUAGAUGACUGUGGAAACUGCAUUCAUAUGCACAAUGUCAAGCUGUUCCUGUUUCAGCUGUUGCGAGGUCUGAACUACUGUCACAGACGUAAAGUCCUUCACCGAGAUCUCAAACCUCAAAAUCUCCUGAUCAACGACCGCGGGGAGCUAAAGCUGGCUGACUUUGGUCUUGCACGAGCAAAAUCGAUUCCCACCAAGACCUACUCCAAUGAGGUGGUGACGCUUUGGUACCGCCCCCCUGACAUCCUAUUGGGCAGCACCGACUAUUCCACUCAGAUUGACAUGUGGGGUGUUGGCUGUAUCUUCUACGAGAUGUCUACAGGUCGACCCCUGUUCCCGGGCUCCACGGUGGAGGAGGAGCUGCACUUUAUCUUCAAACUGCUCGGUACGCCCACAGAGGAGACCUGGCCUGGAAUAACCUCCAACGAGGAGUUCAUCUCCUAUAACUACCCCAGAUACCGUGCAGACUGUCUCCACAACCACACUCCAAGAUUGGACAAUGAUGGAGUUGAACUUCUGUCGAAACUGCUGCAGUUUGAGGGGAAGAAACGGAUUGCAGCAGAGGAAGCCAUGAGACACUCAUACUUCCACUGUCUGGGAGAGAGAAUUCUCACACUGCCAGACACUGCAUCAAUAUUUGCACUUCAGGAAGUUCAGCUGGAGAAGGAGCCCGGAAUGAGGACGAAUUCCCUGUCUGAAUCAGUCAACAGCAUAUCUCAACGGCAGAGUUUGCUCUUUUGAGGGCAAGUGGGGCGACUCGGGACGGGGGAAGAUGGACGGGACACGUCGAGACGUUUCCUGUCAUGAAGAUGAAGGGAUAUCUGUUUUUCAUUUCUCCGUCCGAGUCAUUGGCUAGUCCUGUGGCAUUAUGUCUUUAGAAGGGGUCACUGUAGUUGUUUACAUGGAGAGGCUGAGGAUCUUGAUUUGUUUUGAAUAAUGCACUUCCCCUUCCCUGUUCACAUUACAAACAUGUUCUUCCUGUUUUGCUGUACCUUCUCAAUCCAGCCGCUGUACUCAACCAAUCAGACGCAGAAUGUUAUUGGAUGGCCUGACUCUCCAUCCUCUGACUGAAACAAAUCAGCCUGGUUUCUUUGCAAUACUUCUCAAUUGUAAUGUAAAAGGAAGGCCAGUUUAUGAAGGAACAUGUCUUGAAUGCUGUUAAUAUCCAGAAGCCAAGUCACUCUAGUCUUCCAGAAAAUGCUCCCCUUCAUUAGAGUCAUCAGCCCUCCCAUCCAAAGACGAACAUUUAGUACUAUGCCAACACAAUGGUUCAUCGUAAUCAACCAUAAUCUGUUAUUUGUAUUCAUCAGAACAUUGAUGACUUCAACUUUUGUUUUUGUUUGCAAAAGCAUUUCACAUUUAAGUUGUUGUUUACAUGUUUUUUUGGCCAUGCAAUACAGUUUGAUAGUCUAGAAAACGGUUUCACCAAAGACCCCCCCCAUGCCAUCUCUCUAUCCCUUUAGGUUUGAUUUAUGAGCUUCCAUUUCCAUCAUCAUGUUCAAGUGAACCCUCGAUCAGCUACACUGUGUCAAGGACUAAUUAUUUGUGCAAAGCAACUUAGAAAGUUUGAGUUGCGUUUUGAAAGCCUCUGAUAAUCUUGACGCAGCCUUGUUCAUAAUUCUUCCAUUACUGCUGCAUGCAGCUCUUACGGCUGUCACUCUGGUUGAAAACAGAGCUGAUUUCUAUGUCAGUUCAGUCAGGGCGAUGAGAACUAAUAAUGGGAUGCCCAGGCGUAUGCGGAGAACUGGUCGGAUUGUGUAUAGGGCUCAGGUUUCUGUCACUCUGCAGAACAGCUGAGUGCGGUGGAUAAUGUUCUGCAUCUCGGCUCGGUUGUUCAUACUCCUUAGAUUUUGGAGCGCGUUGGUGUCGCGUAACACAGCGCAGAUACAAAACACUAUCAUCCCCUGGCGUGUGCUAUUCAGGGCCUCUCUGCACAAUGUCUGCGAUUAAUACAGUCUCACAAAUGUGAUUAUUGGGUGAAUCUUUGGAAGAAGAAAAAAAAAAGAGUCAAGGUGAUAUUUCACCCUGAAAUUACGAGAACAAUAAUACAUUUGGUUUAUUAUAAAGUAGGCAAUUUUUUUUUAGGGCCAUUAAUCUUUUUUUUUUUUUUUUUUUUUUUUUUGCAUUGUGACAAUUAAUCUCAAAAUUCUUAUUCCCUUAAUAAUGAAAAAACAUAAAUUGUAUAAAAAGUUUGUAAAUUACAAAAAUACAAUGUAUUUAAUAUAUUGUAUUUUUAAAGCAUGUAUGCAUGGUAAUAUUUGUUAUACUCUCUUUGCCGGUGCAAAUAAUUUGAUAGUAACUUUUUACUGUAAUGCAGCAUAAUUUUUCUGUAUUAUGAGAAAUAGUGAAAAGUAAAACUUCCAAGUGCAUUACAGUAGUAAGGAGGGAAGUUUGCUUAGAAUGUAAAUAAUGUUAAAAAAUUGUCACAAUGCAAAAAAAAAAAACUUUUAUUUAAAUUUUUAUUUUAAAGUAUUUAAAAAUCUAUUAUUUCUAGGUGAAAUGUGACUAGAUAUUUUUUGCAAGAUUCACCCCAUUAGAGCUGAAAUGAAGAGGCGAUUAAAACUUGUUCUCCGUGUCCGUCGGUGUUACUAGAUGGAUGAUAUUUUAGUAAAUAUCAAAUUUUUUUAAUUAAUUCAAACAAUCCCAAAAUGUUUGGUCUGGUGAUAGAUUGUGACUUCCCUUCCUCCUUGUUAGAGAUGACCUGUGAAUACCUGUGCUGCAUAUUCGACGAGGAGAAUGCAGACUUGCAUGGCAGUGUUGUAUAGCUGAAGACUGGUACUUUGUAAAUAGCGUUAGAAUGUGUUUUGCAGAUCAGAAGCGUGGAGAGUGCAAUGAGAAGAUCCUCCUAACAAUGUAUCAUUUUUAAAGCAAAGAGGAAUAUCAUUUUUGUUAUACAUAUCAUUGAUGACAUUGUUCAUUGUUCUAUCUUUUGUUUUUUGUUUUUUGUUUUUUAAUAUGAUGUAGUAACCAGACGUUACUACCAUAGGAGACCCAUGGGGUGUAGAUAUUUGGUUUUGAUGUUUGUUAGGAUGAAAACGGCUCAUCUGAUUUAAAGCUUUCAUCUGGAAUGCGGACGGACUGCAGUGAAAGGGCUUCGAUGGAUAAGCCUGGCCAACUGUUCAUUACUGCGCAAUAAUUGAUCAUUUUUUACGCAAUAACUUUGAUUUGAACUCUUGAUUUGAAAUGAAUUUGGUUCUGAUUUUGGCAUGCAUUGCAUGUCAUUAAAUAUAAAAGAAGCAAAUAAUCCCGGAAAUUGUCAUGCAAAAACUUGAGGCUGUUUUAUUGCCCAUUUAAUAAGUGAGGUUUUGAUAUAAUUGCAGGUGAAAUGCUUUUAUACACGGAUACACUUUGAGCAAUUCAUACGGUUUUGAGUAUGUUUCUUUUGUACAACUCAAUCUUUUAAAAUGUUUAUUUUAUGCAAAACAAAAUUUAAUCAUUGAUCAGUGCAGUAUUAUUUUCUUUAGCUUUUUAAUUUUGCAGUUGUAUACACUUAAAUAGCCCAAAGUUUCAGGAUUCUCAGCCAUUUUACUGCUCUUCUCCAGUUGGCGGUUGUCCAAACGUGAAUGCAAGAAGCAAGCAAUGCGGUCUGCUGUUCUAUAAAUGUUAAGAGCGGUUUAAACACAUUAAGCAAUACUCACUGUUAAUGUACAUUUCACAUCUCAUGGAUAUCUAAUGCAGGAAAUCCUCUCAGAUGGCCAUAGUAUAUUUUCAGUAAAUAAUUAUGCAUAAAUGAGUGGUCAGUUGUUCUGUUCGAGUCUAGGGACGUUAACCAUAAAUAACAGUUGUAAAAUUUUUGAUGCAAUGUUAAAAAUCCCCUUUGUUUAUAAUCUUUGAGUUCUUGCAAUUGCAAUAGUCAAUAUAUACAACCAAGAAUAUGUGGAUCAGAAGUGUAUUGACAUGGAAAAUCUUAUGUCUGACUGUUACUUCCUGUUGCUUGUAUGAAUGCUGAACUCCUUUCCAAUCAACUUGAUCCAUCUCUGUUUAUCAUGAAGCAGGGAGUGGACUCAUUUGAAUACUGGCACAAAAAAGCUGUAAAACAUUCAGAACAAAUGUGAAUCAUUUUUGCUGGCAAUAUAAUCAAUGUCCCAAACUUGAAUUUUGUUCUAUUUUUUGUUUACAUGUGUCUUUUCAAGUUUAAGAACAUUUGGGUGACUCGUAUUUAAAGCUAAUAAUAUAUUUAUAUUGCAUGUUCGUUACAUAUUAAAAAUAGUUCCCAAUAUAUACUUAAACCCAAAUCCACAUAUAUUCGGAUCAGUUACCAUAACAACCUGAACAUUUUUUUCAUCAUUUUGACCAUAGUACAUUAAUGACACUCGUUAUAACAAGUGCUUUCAGCUUGUGGUUUUAUUUUAGAAAUCUAGAAAACUUAUGUCACCCAUAGUUAGACUCAUUCAGAUUCCAUUAAUAUUGCUUAGGUUUAUGCAUGAGUUUUAUUGAGUCAGUAAACUCUACAAGAUUAAAAUGCGAAUCCAAGAGGUUUAAACAAACAUCGUUUUGGAGCAACAUCUAAAUGUGCCUUUUAGAAUCAAUAAAAAAAUAAAUUAUAUUAGUUUUGGUAUCACAAAUUUGUUUGUGCUGUCAACACAUUUGGCACAAAUGAUACCCAACUGACUCUUAUCUGAAAUCUGAAACAUUUAAAUAUAAAACACAAAUUUGAGGAAGGUUUAUGUUUUUAAUAGUGAAGGAAAUCGUAUCUCUGAUGACACACACACGGCUCACAGUGACCACAGCUGGACACCAGAAAUGAAGCAGAAGUGAUAAGAACGGCUUUUAUUUGACAUUAUUAUUUCAAAUCCAUAAUGCCCAUCCAUCACGCAUUGACUAUUUUUGUGACAUUUUUAGCAGCUAUAUAUAUUUAAAAUGAGGAUUUCAAACUUGAUGUGUUUUCCUUGAUAUGAAUCAAUUCAGUUCUCUUUCAUUUCAAGAUUCCUGAGCAGUAAAUAUGCGCCUCAACAUGUAUAAUACAGCAGCUUGGUUUGGCGACUGCUUUUCCGCUUUUGCUAUUGGUCAAUGCCAAAAUUAUCCGAAGUCUUGCAUGGGUUGGUGUUUCAUUUUUCCAAGGAAUGUUAUGAUGCUGACACCCUGCUUCGUGUUUCUUACUGAGCCAGUUUUACUGCAGCAGAGAAUUACUGUUAUGAUAAAAAAACCACAUACUUAUAACCCCAGUGUUCCCACACACAUCUUUACAAAUGUGAUAUAAUUCUGUUCAUUUAUUGUAUCAAAGAUAUACAAUUCAAUAAAGGUAUGUACAUUUCUGAAUAACAA